CUAAUUACAAUCAAUAAUUCAGAGGCGCUCAAUCUUCCAAUGGCAGACACGGAAUGGGAGUGGGAUGAUCCACCUGACGAGACAUAUAAUUCGGAUCCAGAUGAGAUAUACAGCUCCCCACAGGUAGACACGAAUUCCACGUUCUAUCGCCUACGUUGGCAGGUUCGAGACGGCCCGAUCUGGGAAAAUAUUCGUGUUCUAGAAGACGGAUGCAAAGCAGAUUCGACACAAAGGCCUUUCCAAAAUGAAACUGGCAGACUUCAUGAAAUUUCUUCACUGCCCUUUUCAGUGAAUCCAGUCCAGGCGAUUAUAGUAACAAUUCAAGGGCUCAACGGCAUGCAAGAUUGGAAAGAAAAGGAUGGGUCCUGGAGCCCCAGGCGCCAAGAUCGAGAUUCAAUGCCCAGGGUCAGAGUAUCUGCCAGCGAAGGUCGCGACUUUGUUAGUAUCGGAGACUACGUCAUGGCUGUGAACAAACUGCUCGUGUCGCAGAGGUCCAAGAUUCUAAAAGAGCGCGGACUCCUCGACGACGGUGUAGAAUGGCCACCCGAUACGGAACUCUGGGUAGAUCCGACAAGCGCCAAUGAAAUUAAUUUUUUUAACACGAGGCAACACCAGCUGGAAGAUGAAUGGGAAGAGUUAGCCGUGUUUACGUCGGUGCAACAGUACUCCGAAAGCAUACGCCAUGGGAGUGACAAGCGCGAGGAAUACGUCCCAGUAUAUCCUGCGACGCUCAAAUCGGACGAGGAAUUCGCAGCGCUUGCUGGAGCUUGGUCUAGCUUGGCUUUCCUCCGCCUUCGAUGGAAAGUUUGUGACGGCCCAGUCAGCGAGAAUAUUACUGUGCUCAAGGACGUGUUUGACCCAUACUCUUCCGAAAGCCCGUUCCAAGAUGAAAGUGGCAAUUACCAUGAGAUUGCAUCGCUGCCAUUUUCACGGCCACCAAGACCACACUUGGAAAUUACUAUUGACCAAGUGGAUGGGCUUGAAGGGUGGAAGUGUGAUGGCGUAGAUGAUCGAUGGAGCCCAGAGCGGAAUGACCCGAGCUCAGCGCCAAGGUUGGACAUCACUGCUGGCGAGGGUAGAGACUUCAUCAGCAUUGGAGACUACAUUUCACAAACGUACGAGUGGCUAGCUGCUCUGCGGCCUAAGAUCCUGAAAGAAGUCGGAUUGAAUACAGAUGAAAGGGAAUGGGAGCCAGACACUGAGCUUUGGCUUGACCCGCGAUUUCCAGAGAAUAUUUCCUUUGUUCAGAACCGAGAAGGGACGGCCUGGAAAGACUGGCAGCAGAUAGCGCAGAAAGCUAGCCAGGGUUGAUAUCUAAUUAUUUUAGAAUAGAAUAUAGCCAACCCGUUUAAAAUAAGAGUCACCCUCAGCCCAA